UUACUCAUCGGAAAAAAAGUUUCUGCCCGGCGAGCAUCAUAGACGAAGACACCGAAACGAUGGGGAAGAGAGGAAGAGCUUGUGUAGUAGUGCUUGGUGAUCUUGGUCGAAGUCCUCGUAUGCAAUAUCACGCCCUCUCUCUUGCUCGUCAGGCAUCACUUCAAGUGGACAUUGUUGCUUCCGGAGGUUCAAUACCUCAUGAAGCUGUUUUGAACCACCCAUCAAUCCACAUCCAUACCAUGGCGCAGCCUAGAUUCAUUAACCUCUUGCCAAAGAUACUGUAUCCCGUAACUCUCUUGCUCAAGGCAUUUAUUCAGUUUACAAUGCUUCUCUGGUUCCUUUUCGUUAAAGUGCCAGCACCCGACGUUUUCUUGGUUCAGAAUCCACCUUCCGUUCCAACGCUAAUUGCUGUCAAGUGGGCGAGUUCAUGGAGGCGUGCGGCUUUUGUUGUAGAUUGGCAUAAUUUUGGAUAUACAUUGUUGGCAUUGUCUUUAGGAAGAAACAAUGUCUUUGUAUCCUUAUACCGCUGGUUUGAGAGGCGUUACGGAGAGAUGGCGACAGGUUCGCUCUGUGUGACUAAAGCAAUGCAACAUGAAUUGGAACAGAACUGGGGAGUGAGUGCCAGAGUUUUAUAUGAUCAACCUCCUGAGUUUUUCCGCCACACUUUGCUUGAAGAAAGGCAUGAGUUGUUUUGCCGAGUGAAGAAAGAUCUCUGUCAUCCAAUUGGUGUCUAUGAUAUCAUUAGUAGAGAGUUGGAGAAUCAAGAGCUUAAUGAAACCCUUUUUACAACCAAAGUAAAUGAUGAAACCUCGCUGAAGCAAAACAGACCAGCUCUUGUAGUGAGCAGUACAAGCUGGACCCCUGAUGAAAAUUUUGGUAUCUUAUUAGAAGCCGCAGUAAUGUAUGACCGGCGUGUUGCUGCAAGAUCAGAAGGAACUGAUACAGCUGAGCAACACCUUUAUCCCAAUUUGUUGUUCAUCAUUACAGGUAAAGGACCUGAGAAGGAGAUGUACGAGGAGAAAAUCAAAAGAUUAAACCUCAAACAUGUGGCAUUUCGUACAAUGUGGCUCUUAGCUGAAGAUUACCCGUUGCUUUUAGGCUCUGCAGAUCUCGGUGUUUGCUUACACACUUCCUCAUCGGGUUUAGACCUUCCCAUGAAGGUUGUUGAUAUGUUUGGAUGUGGCCUACCAGUUUGCUCAGUUUCCUACUCAUGCAUUCAAGAACUCGUUAAGGAUGGGCAGAACGGACUCUUGUUUUCAUCUUCGUCAGAAUUAGCAGAUCAGUUACUGAUCCUCUUCAAGGGUUUUCCUGGGAACUGCGAUGCCCUAAUGUCACUUAAAGCGGGUGCAAUGGAGACUGGUUCUUCGGGUCGAUGGGCUACAGAGUGGGAAGAUUGUGCAAAACCUUUGAUUACUCAGGUCGUAUCUCAAAAUGCGGAUUGAAGAGAGAAUUCAAAACUGGUGUGCUUGAGGGUUCUUCACAACUUAUUAUGAGAGAGAACUCAAAAAUUGGUGUGGUUGAGGGUUCUUCACAAAUUAUAUAGAAUCAAAUUUUUGUUAACACAAUCAUAUAGAUCACAAGAGUUUGUCCCUGACUCCAAAAA